AUGCAACUUAAGAAUGUUCUUACCGGCCUUGUCGGCCUCGCUGUUCUGGCUGACGCUGCUUCCAUCGAGCGCCGAUCUCCAUUUGGCCGCACUUUAGAACGACGCCGUGGUGGUAACAGGGGUGGUAAUCAGGGCAACAAUGGCAACAACGGUGGUAACCAAGGCGGUAACCAAGGCGGUAACCAGGGCGGUAACCAGGGCGGUAACACAAACAAUGCCGGCAGCGGUAGCUUGACGCUGGACUCCAACCUUGUUCAGACUGGUUCCCAGCAGAAUGGUAACAACCCUGGUGGCGAGGGCCAGGCUGCCUCAGCUACUGACAAUACCAACUUCAUCAACUUUUGUCAGGGCAAGACUCUCACCAACGGUGCGCAAGUCAAGACUGGCUCUUGCAACGGUAUCCCCAUGGGUAACAUUCCUUCCGUCAACAACAUGGUUUCAUCUGUUUUCGUGAACCCCCAGAACGGUGACACCAUUGCCUCCAAUAAGACUUUCAAUAUCCAGGUGCAAAUGAUCAACUUUGCCCCUGGUACUUUCACCAACGCCACCAGCACAUACUACUCGGCUCCUCAGGAUGUUGAUGGAAGCGGUAACAUUAUUGGCCACACCCACGUUACUGUCCAGACCACUGGCAACUCCCAGAACCCUACCCAGCCCCUUGACCCUCAGAAGUUUGUCUUCUUCAAGGGUAUCAACGAUGCUGGUAACGGCCAGGGUCUGCUUUCUGCCACUGUUACCGAUGGUCUGCCUGCCGGUAACUACCGUCUCUGCUCCAUGUCUGCUGCUGCCAACCACCAGCCUGUGCUGAUGCCUGUGGCUCAGCGUGGUGCUCAGGAUGACUGUGUCCGCUUCACUGUUAGCGACAACGGCAACGGAGGCAACAACGGUAACAACAACGGCAACAAUGGUAACAACAACGGCAACAAUGGUAACAACAACGGCAACAACGGCAACAACAACAACAACGGCAACAACGGCAACAACAACGGCCAGAACGGCAACAAUGCCAACAACAACGGUCAGAACGGUCAGGGCCAGAACAAUGGUCAGAACGGUCAGGGUCAAAACGGUGCUAGUUCCACAAACAACGCCGGCACUGGCAGCGUUCAAACUGGACAGAACGGUCAGAACGGUCAGAACGGCCAGAACGGUCAGGGCCAGAACAACGGACAGACUGGACAGAACGGUCAGAACGGUCAGAACGGUCAGAAAGGACAGGGCGGUGAGGGCCGUGGCCGAGGUGGACGCAAGGGUGGCAAGGAUGGCAAGGAUGGCAAGGGUGGCAAGGGCAAGAAUGCUGAGGCUGCUACCAGCGUCGCUGCUGGAAAUGCUGCUGCUGCUACCUCUGCUGUUUCCAAUGCUGCCUCUGGAGCCGGUGGUGCCACUGCUGGAACUGCUCUUGGAGGCAUUGCUGCUCCCCCCGUCACCCAGUCUGGCAACACUGACAGACCUUUUGAGGUUCAGGGCAACACUUUCACGACCAAGGCUGCUGCCAGCCAAAGAGCCUGUGACAUUCAGAACAACUUGUGCGCCAAUGCUGUGAACAGCAAGGCAAUCAACGGCGUUUCUGUCGGUGACUGCAACAACCAGAUCCCUGCUUGCGUUGCUGCUCUUUCAGCAUCAUCAUGA